GUAGAGGCGGUGCGCAGGCGAGCGGUGCUGAGCCGUGCCAUGGCGCAGGCGCUAGCGCUGUGGUGGCUCCUGGCUGCGACCGUUGCGGCGCGCACCCCCAUAGGAUCUAAUGAAGAAACGUCACUACGAGCAAGUAGAGCUACUUCCAAGAGCUUUACCAUACAAAUUCCAUGUCUCAAGGAUCAAAAGUGUAGAGGGGAUCUGUUGCAAUUUAAGAAAGUCAGUGAUGUGGAGUGGACCCACAUAAAAUCUGUUCAGAAGGAGACAACUUUAACCAACCUAGAGAGUAAUUCAGAAUAUGACGUAGAAGUAUUACUUGGAUUGAACACUUCAGAAAUAAUUCCUAAGAAGUUAAAAGUGAAGCCCGUGCGAUACACCCGGUCGCAGUGGCCCGGGGGGCAGGGCAGCGACGCGGGCGCCGUGACGGCGCUGGCGUCAGUGCUGGCGAACGCCAGCGCGUCGGGCGAGUACGCGCUGGGCGCUCGCGACGCCCUCAGCCCCUGCGUGCAGCGCGCGCGCGCCCUCGACCCCGCCCACGGCAGCGGGCGCGGCGCGGGCGGCGCGGGCGGCAACCUGCAGCGACGCGUCGUCGUUCCCAUCUGGGCCAUCGCUCUCGCUUGCCUCGUGCUCGUCGCCACCCUCAUGCUCCUCCUGGUGGCCAGGCGCAGGCAAA